AUGGAUUCCACCCUCAUCAUUCUUUGGGUGUUUACCUGGCUGGCAAUCGGCUUGAUUGUGCUUCGGCUGCUACUGCGAAAGUUGAAAGGACGCCAGUUCAUCCAGGGCGAUUAUUUUGCAAUGGGAGCGAUUCUCUGUGCACUCGUACGCCUCGCCUUGGUCCAUGUUAUUCUCAUCUGGGGAACCAACAAUAUGUCCACCACGUUCAGACGCUCGCACAAUUUCACCCCCGAGGAGAUCCGUCACAGAGAGAUUGCGAGCAAAUUUGUGCUCGCCAAUCGAGUCUUCUAUAAUUCCUAUCUCUGGUUGCAAAAAUUGGUCCUGCUUGAUACCUACCGCAGACUGCUCACCAACCUCCGCUGGGAGAAGGCCACGAUGAUCUCAUAUAUUGGGAUAUUCGCAGCCACUUAUGUGACCGUACAAAUUGUGACUUUCACAGAGUGCGACCCAUUCAACCAUUACUGGAUGGUAUUGCCGGAUCCUGGCAUAUGCUGCCGGGCACAGCUGCAAUUGAUCGUCCUCGUUUCAUCAGGUGUCCUAAAUGUUAUCACCGAUAUUAUGCUUAUCGCCUUGCCAAUUCCAAUUCUGGUUCUGGUUAAACGAUCCAUCAUUGAAAAAAUCCAGCUAGCGGCCCUCUUCGCCGUCGGUCUUUUCAUUGUCGCAAUCACUAUUGCUAGACUACCCCAAAACGCCAAAAACUCCACUGCACAAGUGAACAGAACCACUUGGGCGUCCAUUGAGUUACUAGCUGCCGCUGUCGUCGCCAACGCUCCCGUCCUAUACGGACUUCUCAAGGGGCAGAGCGAAAGGUCCAAGAACGCAGCAUCAGGAGCUGGAUCAACUGGACCGUCGCAAGGAAUUCAAAAGAGACCAGCAAAUGAGCCCGAAUUCGAACUGCAAAGGACCCGUCAUAGUAAGAGAGGGUCUGCUCUUGGUUCAAGGAUAUCAUCUAGGAAUUAUUUGGAGAUCGAUGGCGAAAGUAGUCAGUCGUUGACUCGAAGACUGGAAAAUUAG